AUGGCGCCCUCUGUUGGCUGCAGACUCGAAGUGCAGCGUCCACCACGCUUCUACCCAGAGCAGCAGGAACUUCAGACUGCACUCCUCUGCUGCUGUUCUUCUGCAGAAGCCAUGGUGGAGGAGGAGGCCCGCAGCUUCCUGACCCAGUUCACAGACGAAUUCCCCGCUGCCCUUGAGCAAGACACCCCUUUACCCACCAGUCCCCUGAGCAGGAAGAUCUCGGUGGACGAACUUCAUGGAGAAAGUCUGGACCUGGGGCUGAGGCUGCUGUCUGCGAGACAGUGCCCUCCUCUCCUGGCCUCCCUCCUCUGUCAGGCCGCGGUGUCAGAGCUGCUGCAGAGAGACCUGUCCAUGUUCCACUGUCCCCGAGACGAGGAGCAGGAGCCAGUCUUGCUGGACUCGGAGCCGGUGCAGCGGUUGUUCAUUAACUCUCUCGUUGCCGUGGCGAUCCGCUGGCUGCAGGCUCCGCCCUCUCUGCCCCCGCAGCCCCAGCGCCUCGUCUCGGCCCACGCCAUCCGCAACACCCGCCGCAAGAUGGAGGACAAGCACGUGGUCCUCCCGCACUUCAGCCAACUGUUUGGACUCACCGACGGCGUGCAGCGUUCGUACUUGGCGGUGUUCGACGGUCACGGUGGACUGGACGCCGCCGCCUUCGCCUCGGCGCAGCUCCACGUGUCUCUGAGCCGCCAGACGGAGCUGAACUCUGACCCCGAGGUGGCCUUCAAACAAGCCUUCAGCCAAACGGACGCCAUGCUGCAGGAGAAGGCCCAACGAGAGCGACUGCGCAGCGGCUCGACCGGAGUGGCCGCGCUGAUCCAGGGACAGCGCCUCCUGGUGGCCUGGCUUGGAGACUCUCAGGCUCUGUUAGUGCGGAACGGAAAAGAAGAGGAGAUCAUGGACCCCCACAAACCCGACCGAGAGGACGAGCGUCAGAGAGUGGAGGAUCUGGGCGGCUGCGUGACCUUCAGAGGCUGCUGGAGAGUUAACGGGACGUACGCCGUGUCCAGAGCCUUCGGGGACUUUGACCAGAAGCCGUACGUCUCGUCUGAGGCCGACUGCGCCUCUGUGGAGCUGCGCGGCGACGAGGACUACCUGCUGUUGGCCUGUGACGGCUUCUUCGACUCGGUCCAACCCUCCGCUGUCCCCGAGCUGGUGCUGGAGGCCCUCAGGAGCCCGGGAGAGGGUGCGGAGAAGCAGGAGCCGGGCCUCGCCGUGGCCCAGGCCCUCGUCUCCCAGGCCAAAGAAGCCGGAUCCAGCGACAACAUCACAGUCCUGGUGAUGUUCCUGCGCCCGCCUCAGCAGAUCCUCCAGGACUCCUCCCCCUCAGGCUAG